CUUUGGUAGCCCACUGCAACGGGACGUGGAACGUUUGAAAUGAAAACUUACACUCUGUCGGUACCUGAAAUGUAACACCAUUGUUUAAAAGAUGGCGGACGUUCCUACUAAUGCACCACAACACUGUCCUGGAACCUCCAGUGACCAGGCCGGGAAGACGUCGGCAUGCCAGGGAUGCCCAAAUCAAAACGUUUGUGCUUCUGGUGCUGCCAAAGCUCCCGAUCCUGCAAUAGAAGAGAUCAAGGUGAAGUUGGCCACUGUGAAGCACAAGAUCCUGGUUCUGUCAGGAAAAGGUGGUGUUGGGAAGAGUACAUUCAGUGCCCACCUGGCACAUGCCCUUGCAAGUGAUGAGACCAAAGAGGUUGCUCUGCUGGAUGUGGACAUCUGUGGUCCCUCCAUUCCAAGGAUGAUGGGUGUGGAAGGAGAACAGGUUCACCAGAGUGGUUCUGGGUGGUCCCCUGUGUACGUGGAGGAUAACCUGGCCGUCAUGUCCAUCGGCUUCCUGCUGAGCAGCCCGGAUGAUGCGGUCAUCUGGAGGGGGCCCAAAAAAAACGGGAUGAUCAAGCAGUUUCUGAGGGACGUCGACUGGGGGGACCUGGACUUCCUGAUAGUGGACACACCCCCAGGCACUUCGGAUGAGCACCUGUCCAUCGUUCAGUACCUUGGGGCAGCACGCAUAGAUGGAGCGGUCAUCAUAACCACGCCACAGGAAGUCUCUCUUCAGGACGUGAGGAAGGAGAUCGGCUUCUGUCAGAAGGUCAAGCUGCCCAUUAUCGGCGUGGUUGAGAACAUGAGCGGGUUUGUGUGCCCCAAGUGCAAGAACACUUCCCAGAUCUUCCCUCCAACCACAGGUGGAGCUGAGAGGAUGUGCGAAGAGCUGAAACUCCCUCUUUUGGGAAAAGUGCCCCUGGACCCCCGAAUAGGGAGAAGUUGUGAUGAGGGGAAAUCGUUCCUCGGUCAAGUGCCAGACUCUCCUGCAGCCAUCGCUUAUGGGAACAUAGUACAGAAGAUCAAGGACUAUUGCGCUUCACAGACCACAUCCGGAGAUGACUCUGAAAUGAUGUCUGACUAAUUCCAUAUUUAACUAAUAUAAGUCUGCCGACAGCCACUUCAGGCACUCCCUGAGGAAUGUCUAGGAUGCACUAUUACAGAGAGCAGUAUGGAGAUGUAGAGCUGUGUUGUGAAUGGCUGGGAUGCACUGUUAGAGAGAGGAGGAUGGGUGGGAAUGCGGCGCUGUGUUGUGGCUUCCCUGCCCUGUUCUGAUGAAAUGAGCAAGACCUUUGCUCUUUGCAAACGCACAAAGUUCAUAAUGUGGCUGCUGCCUGUAUCUACAUAGACAUGCUCAUCGAUAGGCUCUCUGCUACCUGUGAUUUUAUUUAAAUGAUUCUCCCAGAAAUGUCUCUGUAGCUCCAGGAAAGCAUGCAGUUUUCAAGAUUAAGAUUUCAGCAUAAUUUAGAUAACCAAUGUAUACAAUACAUGAUAACCAGGUAAACAAAACAAUUUUGAUUAUAAUCAAACUCCUCUAUAGUCUAGUUCUGACAAUGAAUUCAUAUCACACAAAUUGUAUAAGGAUUUUCUUUUUAAAAAUAAUUUUUGUACAUAUAUAUAUUUU